UCAUUGAUCACGUGGUGCUGAUAAAGUGACACUGCUUUGAAUUAUACUUAGCAACUUCAGUACAUGCCUCAUAGCUCCAGUCUCAAACUGAACCCCGUUCCUGCUGAAGAAGAGGAGGUCUACUGGAUGGAGAAAGAAGCUCUCGUGAAAGAGGCGGAGGAAGAGGAGGCUGUUACAAUACAAAAAGAAGUCGAGGUUGAGGCUGUUCCCGUGAAAGAAGAGGAGAAAGACGCCUCAGUUAAAGAAGAGGAGAAAGACGUCUCAGUUAAAGAAGAGGAGAAAGACGUCUCAGUUAAAGAAGAAGAGGAGGAGGUCGACGACGACGUUUCAGUGACAGAAGAGGAGGGGGAGGUGACUGUCACAUCGAACAAUGAAGAAGAGGAGGAAACUGGAUAUCUGGGCCCGUUUUCCCAAACGCAUCUUAAGGCAUCCGAUGGUUCUAACGAUGAAUGGGCCCUGAUUAACACUAGAGAGAGACGGGACUAUCGUGGAUCCUCUGGGGGUCCUCAACAACAUCAUGAUGCUGAUGAAGCAGGGAAGAGUCUCUCCACGUCAAAACACCUCAAGAAACACCAGCAGAGACCCACAGGGAAGAAAUCUCAUUGCUGCUCUGACUGUGGGAAAGGUUUCAAAUCUUCAUCAGAACUUAAAGUACACCAGAGAACACACACAGGAGAGAAACCUUAUAGUUGUGGUCAAUGUGGGAGGGGUUUUACUACAUCUAGUGGUCUGACAGUACACCAAAGAACACACACAGAAGAGAAACCUUAUAGCUGUGGUCAAUGUGGGAGGGGUUUUACUACAUCUAGUGGUCUGACAGUACACCAGAGAACACACACAGAAGAUAAACCUUAUAGCUGUGAUCAAUGUGGGAUGAGUUUUAAAGCAUCAAGCAAUCUGAUAAGACACCAGAGAACACACACAGGAGAGAAGCCUUAUAGCUGUGAGCAAUGUGGGAAGAGUUUUCCUACAUCUAGCCAGCUGACUUCACACCAGAGAACACACACUGGAGAGAAACCUUUUUUCUGUGAUCAAUGUGGGAUGAGUUUUACUGGAUCAAGCAAUCUGAUUCGACACCAGAGAACACACACAGGAGAGAAGCCUUAUAGCUGUGAGCAAUGUGGGAAGAGUUUUCCUACAUCUAGCCAGAUGACUUCACACCAGAGAACACACACAGGAGAGAAACCUCAUAGCUGUGAUAAAUGUGACGAGAUACUCUGAUAAAAGAUCUCUGAUCAAACAUCAGAAAAUACAUAUAUGAAGAAGUUGUUUCAUGAUAUCAAUCAAAUAAUGUCACAAUGUAGAAUGUUUUAACAUUGUAGUAGGAGUAUUUUAAUGAUGUCACAAUGUAGAAUGUUUUAACAUUGUAGUAGGAGUAUUUUAAUGAUGUCACAAUGUAGAAUGUUUUAACAUUGUAGUAGGAGUAUUUUAAUGAUGUUCUACCUUAUCGUUUGCCCUGUUCAAUUGAUUGCAGCAUGAUAUGGAUAUUAGCCUCGGGAAAAUCCAGGCUCUGAAUUGAAAGUAUUAUUUAACAAAAAGUGACUAACAAAAAAAAGAGCUGUGUUACACUUACUGUGUUGGUGACCCACUUGAAUCAAAAUGCAGGACUUCAAAAUGUAGCUAGCUGUUUUCUACAAGUUGAAAAAGCUGCUUGUUUAAUUAACUUGUAAUAUGAUAAUUGUUGCAGAUGUUUGUGUAUAUACACACACAUGAAAGCGGUAUAAUAAAUUG